UCAUGUAGGAAUCAAAACAAUUUCGCUACGCUUAAUAAGAAUUAUGUCUAAAAAGGCUAAAAACUCCAGUACUAAAGACUCAGAAUCGUCUUCAGAAAACAGCCAUAACACGUCUACAAGUUCCAGUGAUUUUGACACCAGCCGCAAACACAAAUUACGUCGUAGAUCUAUACGAAAUGUCUCAUUUCACUAUCAGGCGCUGCCCAUGCGUGUUGUAGGCGAGAAUAAUAACUCUGUGAUAAUACCCGAUAUCCCUAGCACUUCUCGGGAUAUAACUCUCCAUUCCGCUCAGAUAAUCGAAGAUAGUUCCGAUUCCGAGUUUCAUAUAUCAAAUGAUACCAGCAACGAUGAGCCGCCAAACAAAUCCAUCACUUUCGCCGCCAGGCCAAUAGAAAAACCCGAUUUGGAGUUUAUAAGAAAGUUGCGAAAACGCAAAAAGCGCCCAAAUAAAACAUUGUAUACAGAUUAAAUUUCAAAAAACAACUGUUGACCAGGGCUGCCAAGCGAAAUGCGCGGCAAUUAGCCAACACUGCCAGCCGAAAACCAGGGUUGGCUAGUGCAUUUUUGGAGUAGUGGUCAAUUUUUACGAGCAUAACUAUUUACACUGAUUUUAUGUAAAUAAAACAAAUAAAACGUAGGAAAAUUAAGUGCAAAGUACCAUUCGACUUGAACAACAACUGUGUUUUGGCAUUUUUAAUCACAGCAAUUAAAAAUAAAGCAGCUAAAAAUCACUA